AUGGCCGGCAGAGCGGCUUUGCGCCUUUGCGCGCUGCUCUCGGUCGCCGUUCUGCUGAGCGUCCGGUCGGAGUCUGCUUGUCAGCGCGUCCGUGCCGCGUUUCAGGCGGUCCAGCCCGGGGCGAAGUGGAUGCCCGAGAGUCCGGGCGCAGGGCUUGACUUGCAAGUAUGUGUGCCAAAAGUUCCAACUUGCUGCUCCAGGAAAAUGGAGGAAAAAUACCAAGCCAUGGCCCGUUCCAGUAUGGAGCAACUUCUCCAGUCUGCUAGCAUGGAGCUGAAAUUCCUCAUCAUUCAGAACGCGGCUGUCUUCCAAGAAGCCUUUGAGAUUGUCGUACGACAUGCGAGAAACUACACUAAUGCCAUGUUCAGACACUCUUACCGCAACAUGGCAGCUAAAGCUUUUAAUUUUGUGGGAGAAUUUUUUACUGACAUCUCUCUGUACAUCUUGGGCUCAGACAUUAAUGUCAAUGACAUGAUAAACGAGUUCUUUGAUAGCCUGUUCCCUUUAGUCUACCCACACCUAGUUAACCCAGGCUUCCCUGAUCCUUCACUGGAAAUGACUGAGUGCCUCCGGCUAGCAAGGCGAGACCUGAAGGUGUUUGGAAAUUUUCCCAAGGUCAUGAUGACUCAAGUGUCGAAGUCCCUGCAAGUGACCCGAGUCUUCCUUCAGGCACUCAACCUUGGCAUCGAGGUGGUCAACACCACUGAUCAUUUGAAAUUCAGCAAGGACUGUGGGCGGGCGCUUUUGAAAAUGUGGUACUGCCCCCACUGCCAGGACCUCAUGAUGGCCAAACCAUGUGCUGGACUCUGCAAUGUUGUCUUACAAGGGUGCCUUGCCAGUGUGGUAGAGAUAGACAGCUACUGGCGGGAAUACCUCCGAUCUUUGGAAGGACUGGUGAAAGGUAUGCGGGGCAUCUACGACAUGGAGCAUGUGCUUCUCAGCCUCUUCACCUUGAUACGGGACUCACUGACAUACAUGCAGAAGAACGCGGAAAAGCUGGCUGUAACGAUUGGCAAGCUGUGUGGUCAUUCCCAGCAGAGACAGUACAGGUCAGCUUGGUAUCCUGAAGAUCUUGUUGUUGACAAGAAGGCAAUGAGGGUUGCCCACAUAGACCAUGAAGAAACUUUGUCCAGCCGAAGGAGGGAACUCAUCACGAAACUAAGAAAGCACAGCAGUUUUUAUAGCAGUCUGCCAGAGUUUAUCUGUAGCCACAGUUCUGCGGUUCAAAACAAUACUCUUUGCUGGAAUGGUCAAGAAAUUGUAGAAAGGUUCAGCCGCCAGGCAGUGAGGAAUGGAGCAAAAGUCCAGCUGAGCAACCAUGAAGUCAAAGUGAAAGGACCAGAGCCUGUGAUUAGUCAAAUCAUUGACAAAUUGAAACACAUCAAUCAGUUGUUAAAAGGCAUGGCUCUCUCUCGCCGGAAAAAUCUGGAGAAGCCAGAAGAUGAGGAUGAGGAAGAAAGUGGUGAUUGUGAUGAUGAGGAUGAUUGUGGUGGGAGCAGUUCUGGAAACGGCGGGCUGAAAGUGAAGAAUCAGCUGAGGUUCCUAGCAGAACUGGCAUACGAUCUGGACUCAGACGACAUUCCUUCGAACAAACAACUUUUCAAUCAGCAAAGCAAAGAGGUUUCAGCCAUUCGCAACUUUGGAUCACUGGAUGCAGUGCCGAAUCUUGAUAUUUCAGCUGCUGUCCUAACUGCAUUGUUUCUUCUGUUGGUCAAGUGACUUUUUUAAGGCCCCCCAAACCCCCAAAAAAGCCAAAAUAAGCUUUUCAUCCAUGGCCCAGCUUGACUCCAUGAUGUUUUGUCUUGAAACAGAUUCCCACAAACUCCUUUCCUCCUCCCGAGGCAUGUGGAAUGAGCAUCCUCAAAUAAGUUCUCUUUUUAAAAUACAAUAGAUUGGUGUCUUUUAAAAUAACAAUAAUUAACGGGGAAGGACUCGUUUUGGACUUGGUAAACAAGGCACAGCUCUCUUUAUUUUGAAGAAAUCCUAUUUAAUUAAGAGAGUGGCAGUACCAAUUGUGCACCCUAAACAAGUUUAUGAAGACCAAACAUUUUUUCACUUUUGCUUUACAUAGCAACAACAUACUAUAUCUUGGUUUAAUUGGCAAGGGCAAUGAUGGAGCGGAAACUGGAUUUGAGUGUCUGUAUCUGAUUUUUGGGAUACUACCAGUGAUCUAACUGACGCUGGGAUUGACUGGGCAUUUCCCUUGGAAUUCUGAAGUGCCAGUCCAGACAGUGCAGCCAUUCCCCAGCACCAGUGAUCCUCCCCGGGGAUGAAAUGUAUUUUUUAUUUCUUUGCUCCAAGGGCUGGACCCUGGCACACUGUGAUCUCUGUGUGUAGCAAAGCUGGCACUGACGUGGUUACCUGCAAUGAUGAACUUAAGACUGGAUGGCGGUUAUUUAUGAGUGACAUACAAAAGUCAGGGGUGGGGAGGUGCUUCUGUCUGUUUCUAAGCCUGCCCACAGAGCCGCCGGGUUCUAGAAUUCCCACAGUUCCUGGAACAGGUGGGUGGAGCCUAGCAGCAAGUGGGUGGGUCUAAUGGUUGAACUGUUGGGCCUUCAGGAAGUUGC